GCCGUUUCUAAGGAAACAGCAGUGCGUCUAAGUUCGCUGAGCAGGAGCUGAACUAUUUGGAGGUUUCUUGACGCACUGAAAAGGAACGAACGGUGAAAACGCAAAAACAGGUGAAAUUAACUUAGUGGGAAUAAGCUGACCCAAUGGAGGAUCACAUGACCUCGUCAGACUCAGCAGGUACCGGAUGCACUUCAGUUGCCAUGGUAAAGGACUCUGUAGGAGCUGAUGUGGACCUGCGUGUGCUGUGUGAUCGAGUGGAGGACUUGGAGCAGAGAGCGGUUUCAGCCAUCCAGCCUGAGAGCUACCUGAGGAACAGGAUCAGAGAGUUGGAGACGUCAGAGAGGAGCCUCCUGCUGCAGCUAUAUCAGCUAGCGUCUGCCUCUCAGUUCCCCAACAUGCAUCACUCCCAGAGGCUGGACCAGAGACUCCACAUGCUCAGGGAGGAGGUCAGGACCAUGACUCAGGAGAAGGAGCGAGAGGAGCGAGUGUGGAGGGAGCGACUGCAGCGUUGUCAGAGGCAACUGAAGGCCAAAGAGGGAGAGAUGAGUCGACAGGCCCAGUAUUUUGAAAACUUUAAAACCCAACUCCAACACAAGCUCAGCCUGGCCUGGGAGAGAGAGCAGAGCCUGCAGAAUCGCAUCUACACUUUAGAAAAGCAGCUACUUGACAUGACUGUGAGUGCCGCCACUGGUAUGACAACUAUCAGAGCAGUCCGAAUCACUGGUGGUACUGUGCAGUGCUUGGAAGAACAAGACAGGCUAUCUUCCAUGAGGGGAGAGGGCGAAGGAGAAGAGGAGACCAAGGAAGAGAGGCGAAAGAAAUGGCAGCCAAGUGUUGGAACUGAGAAAGAAGAAAGGCGAAAGGGCGAUAAGGGAAAAGCAGAGAACAGCAUAGGAGGAGGAAGAAACAGUGACACAAAACAGUCCUCGAACGAGGCAAGGUUACAAGGAUUCAUUGUCAGCCUGCAGGAGGAUCUCAGAGUACUGCUGGAGAGAGAGGAGGAGAGGAUGACUGAGAGGAAGAGACUAAUGGAGCAGCUCCAGGAGGCCCAGGAGAGCAACCACUUCCUCAGCUGCAGCGUGGAUGAGAUGAAGUCAGAGAUCCAUCAGCUGAAACUAUCUGAGAACUCGCUAUUGGAGGAGCUUGAACACCUGAGAGAGGAGAACCUAAGACUGCAGCAGGUCCUCAGGGAUUCGGCUAACCACAUACCAAGCCAAUCAUCCGCAUGCCUGGGUCCUGAGACCAGCACACCCAACUCCAGUCUGGCUGUUAAUUCUGGGACUGCCAACAUUUUCUCAUAUUCCACUGCCACGGGACAGCCAUCAGUGGCUUGCUCAGGAGAGGUGCAGCCUUAUUCAUCAGAGGUUCCACUUGUUCACCACCAGGCGACAGCAGAGAGCACACAGAGCAGCACAGAGCAUUAUUCCUCAGCAGUUAAAUCAAAAAUGCCAACUAAAAGUCAUCCCGUAAACCUGUUUCACUACGGGUCUGAAUCCAGUGCCAACUUCAAGUCACUUUCCUUGACUACAGAAUCAAUAUAUGAGUUUAAACUUGGAAGCUGGUGCUCUGAAGGGAACUUCAACGUAGAAGAGAGCCCCAGUGAGGAAUCUGAUGCCCUGAGGGAAGCUUACAGGAGCUUGGGGUUAGAUAGAGAUCUUAAAGCUCUUCAGGAGCAACGUGACAACCUGAAGGUUGCUCUGCAACACACACAGAGUCAGCUAAAGGAGAUAGCUGAGGAAAAUGCUCAGCUGAAGUUACAACUCAGGAAGCAAGCAGAGGAACUAGAGGCAGAGACUGAGCAGAGGUCUUCAACAGAAAAGAUUAACACACCCUCUACUUAUGGUGGGAAUGAUCAACCCAGGUCAUCUCCUACCCAAGAUGGCAACAUUCUUGCUCUUGCCCAGGAUGAUCUUAUCCAAAGCCUGAAUCAGGAAAACGGGGCAUUGGCAGAGAGGAUCCAGGAGCUUUUGGCUCACAUUGAGCGCAAAGAGGAUGACAUCACAAAGCAGCAAACCCAACUGAUGGAGCGUAUCUCCCAGCUAGAAGAGGAUCAGGUCAGGCUGGAGCAGGAGAACCGGGAACAGGGGUGUUUGAUCUCAGAACUCACCAAGAAGACUGAGGAUGAUCUGAACACCAUCAUGGAUCUGCAGCAGAAGUUAGUCCAAGGAGAAGAAGCUUCACAUUUGAUGUUCAAUCAAGAAACUGACUCUACACAAACAGGAUCAGUAUCUGGUAGUCAGCAUAAUAAUCUCUGUGACUUACUAAAAAGCAGCUCACAAAAAAAUCAUCUUCAUCUUGAUUCACAAAAAGAUGAAGCAGCCCAGCUGACCAAUUCAGUCCAGAACCUCAAAACAGACCAAGAAGAAUUGACUAAAUCCAUAAAUUCACUCAGAGAGCAGCAAAGAGAAGUAGCUCUGUCAGUCCAAGUACAGACAGAAGAGAAACAGCAAUUAACUCGGACAGUAUGGGGACUGAAGGAGGAAAAAGACCACAUCUCUAAAGCUCUGGCUGACCUUAAACAAGAGAAAGAGCAGCUGAGCAGGGCAGUCUGUGGGCUGAGAGAUGAAAGAGAACACUUUAAAAGGUCCAUAAACGGCCAAAAAGAGGAGAAAGAGCAGCUAACCAAGUCUUUAUCUGCACUUGAAAGAGAUAAAGGGGCAAUAUUAGAAUUUCUCUCAAGUGGAAAAGAAGAGCGAGAGGAAAUAAUGAAGUCACUGCAGAGUUUACAGACAGAAAGCGACCAGUUAAGCCAGACAGUGCUGUAUCUGAAACAAGAGAGAGACAAACUAACCGAUUCUCUUAAGUGUCUGAAGGAAAAGAGAGACCAGGAGCAAAUAUCUCACAGUUUAAAGGAAGAACACGACAGGUUGAUGAAGUCAGUAAGCAGCUUGGAGGAAGAAAAAAGAAGAACUGAAUAUUCAGUCCGUUGUUUGAAACAAGCAGAAGAGCAGAUAAUGCAGGUAAUUCAAGACCUUAAGGAGGAAAGAGACAGCCUACAAGGUCUCAGCAUCCAAAAACAAACAGAGGAGAGGAAUCAAAAGCAGCAGAUGUUGAACUCAAGCAGCGCUGGUUUGACGAAGAAGAGUGAGAUUCCUGCUGAGACUGCAGAUUAUGCUACACAAAGAUGCCAGACUAAUAACCGUGGUGGAAACUUAAUACAGCAGGAAGAAAAUGAUCUGAUGAGAGAGAUUGAAACUUUGGGAGCAGAGCUAAAGAGGUCACGGGAGGAAAUGGACAAGAGCCGUGCAGAGAUCAAGAGGCUUCAGGGUGAACUGCGUCAUUCAGAAACGAGGAGGGAGGAGGUGGAGAGAAAGGCGAGCCAAGCAGCUGAAAACGCGAUGAAGCUCACAGAUGUUGAAAAUCAGAUGGAAGAAAUCAAGAAGGAAAAUUACAACCUCACAACCCAGGUGAAGGAGCUGCAGAACAAACUGACAGGCCUGCUCCGGGAGAAGACUGACAUGUUGUCACUCAAGGCUCAAACAGAGGAGCGAUAUAACAUCCUCACAGCUCAGCUCAAAGCCAAGACUGUUGCUCUAGAGGAGCUGAACUCGGAGUAUAUAGCUCUGAAAAGAGGACAAGGCAGCAGGGAUGACGUUAAUACUGUUCUUGUCUCACUCAGGGCACGUUACAAUGACAUCAGAGCUAAGUAUGAUGCACUGCUGAAAAGGAAAAGCCAGACAGACUUGGAUAUACCACCUUUAAAGGCCAAGCUGUCUUGCCUAGUGGUGAAGUGUCAGGAGAGGAACAGCUUAUUAGAUCAGAUGAUGAAGAUCUUGCAGAGACAAGGCUGUAUGAACCCCUACCUCACACAGCAGGUCGAGCAUCUGCUCAGCGAUGCCGCUCUGCAGGAGUACACUGCAGCAUUCACACUGGAAAAUAACACAAAGACCUGGGAUUACGCUAGUGGGUUUACUCCUGAAUUUAGUUCAAAAUAUAAAAGCUGCACCAGUAAAUUCAUAACUGAUCGGACCUGCCCCGUUGUAUCCACCUCUGUAAAAAAGCAUCAACAAACUGGAGUCACACCUGAAGCUGGAGUAGAGGGCAGAGGGAAAGAAAUUUCCAUAGUUUCCACCGAAUCUUCAGGAAAUCAUCAAGACUGCGGUAGUGAAUUCACACCUGUACUCACAGGAUCGCUAAAGAAAGACGCCAACUCAUCCGUGCCAUCCUCACCAGUGCAAGAGCAAGCCACCGUCCAGGCGUCAGCGUCACCUGCUCUUCCACCAAAUGAGCGAGAAAUCACUGAUACAGUGCCAGCACAGCUGUCUCCUUCUGCCGGUGGACCGCCCCAAGCAGCCAGUCAACCAGAGAAAUUAGUGUUUCAUCAUCCGGAGAUAAAGAAAGAGAAGUCCUCCCUUUGUGCCACCAGUGUGACUGGAUACUUGUUGAGUCCUACCAUUCCCUCCUCUGUCUCCUUUGCCAGUCCAAAGAGGAGGUUGAGUAGUCCUGAGAAGAUCCUUAACCUCCACGAACAGCUACAGAAGACCCUGAGGAGCAGCUUUGAGGCUCCAAAGAGCAGAGGAAGAGGACAGGACCCCAGGAGGAGUCCAUCACUGUCAGCUCCUGCAGACCUGAACAAAGCCUCUCAGACUAAGACGCUGAGCUUGAGUUUCAAUAAUGCACAGAUCAACUCUCUCACAGUCACCACAGCUAUGAGCCAAGCUCCACACACUCCAGUAGUAACAACUAAACCAGUUGCCGCUAACAAGUCACCAACACUUUUUGAAGCAGUUGCAUCUAGAUCAGUUAAUGCAACCUUCAGUCCCAGCAUCUUUACUAACCAUCACCUUAAAGGGGACACAUCUGCUCUUUCUAGCUCUUCUAACUUUACUCUUUUCACCCCGGCUGCAAAUAAUUUCAAAUCCAUUUUAAGUAAUGGCACUAAUGAAACAUUAUCCUCAAAAAUUACAAAGAAAAUCACUGCAAUCCCUGAUGUAUCCUAUGCCGCGCAUAAAGCUUCUCUACAGAGGGUUGCUACUUUUGACUCUGCUGUUACUAAUCCAAAAGCCACUUCCUCAGAUCCAACUGCCUCUCAAAUAUCAACUGCCCCUGAAGUUACAACUUUCAACAUGACUUCUAAAAUGGAUGGUGCUAUCCCUGAAGUUUCUCAGUCCAGUCAGCUGUCUCACUGCUCUCCUGAGAGAUCGAACAAGUUUGCCACAACAUUCACCGCUCGUUUAGGAAAAAGACCAAAGCCAGAAGCUCCAGCCGAGGUUCGUUCCAUUGAAGUCAUCAAAACAGUGGGUCAGAGCAACCUUAUGAUUGGCUGGGAGAGACCACCACUCGAUGAGCUGGGAUGCAGUAAUGGCACGUUUGUGUAUGGCUACAGGGUGUAUGUUGAUGGGGACUUUCACAAAUCUGUCAUGAGCUCAGCAUGCACCAAGUGUAUUCUUGAAAAUAUCGACCUGAGUGUCCCUGUCCACAUCAGUGUGCAGACACUGGGAUCUAAUGGACUUAGUUCAGAUAGUGUACACACCGUGUUUCGGACCUCAGUUAGAACUGAGCCACAGUGAAGCCACAGUGAAGCCACAGAGACGCUCAGAUCAGCAGCACAGAAACAUCUAUAUCUGCAGGCCUCUGAGGGAGCGCCCUCACCUCCGCCUCGACUGAGACACAGUCACACUGCUGGAUAACCGCUCCACGUCAGGCUCAGGUCAACCAAUCAGAAAAAACUCCUCUCACACGGUUAUUGCCAGCCUAUGAUCAUGCGGUGACCUGUGGUCGGCCACUAAACCUCGAAAUGAUGAACUAAAGAUGUCAUACAAAAUACUGUGUAAGAUCCUUGCCUCGGCUCUCAGAGUUAAUGUGCAUGUAAAAGCAGGUCGAUCCUCGUUGGAGGACCUUUCUGUUUUACAGUCUCAUCUGCUGGACUUCUUAAACGAGCGAGACGUUGUGCUUGCCGGUCCACACGAUUGCCAGUUUUCUCAUGAAAAACUGCUAAGUGCAAAUGUUUAUGAAGCCAAGCUGAAUCAUACUGUAAAACGCUGCCUGUGACACCAACAUGUACUAACACUGGUCAAACAAGACAUAAAAAUGACAAAGGGAUGUCUGCUUCUGCUGCACUUUUACACUGUGUUAAACACAGGGAGAUAACGUGUCACACUGCUUGUCAUAUUACUGUCUCUGUGGACUGUGGACCUGAGCAGCUGCCUAAAGGGACGUGAAGUAUUUGAAAAGCCUUUUUGACAGCAACACACACUGUAAAAUGUGCUGACACAACCUUGUACACAAAGUUCACAGUACUUGAUUUUUACACACGAAGCCAAAUAUUUGAAAAGAUGUUUCACUCCAAAGACUUCUCUGUUUCCUUCUCCUCAUAGGUCUACAGGACUUCUUUAAUCACAGACGGCAGAUGUUGUUUAAGUUUGAAAAAUUUGCACACAAUCAGUAUUGAAAUCUAGAAGAAGAAAUUUUAAAGAAGAGAUUAUCACUGAUAUUUUUUUGUAGAGAUUAUAAAAAAAUAUGCCAAUAUACCACACACUGUAUGUCUUUUUGUAUGAGUGACACUUUCAUACCUAAUAGAUGUCAUGUUUGCACGCUUGCAUUAUUUUAUUUUUUUUAAAUUAUAACACGCUAUGUUCUUUUUACUAUUAACUGUAUGUACGGGUGCAGAGUGAUCAUGGUGCAGCAAAGGUAUUUUUCUAUCAGUAAUUGAUAAUAUUGUUUUCCCAUUGAUUCCUUACAGCUGUGCAGAGAAUAAAUGUUUAUAUGCA